UUCAUAACUAAGGCAUCCAUCCAUAUUUGUUCGAAGUUGGAUGGUCGAUAGUUGUUAUGAAUGAGCAUGUGAAGUCAGUGAUGAGAGAAUUCAAACCAACCAAAAAAGACCCAUAUCCUUUUCCUUUUCAUUUUGCAUGAAUCAAUUCAGUCAAAUACAUAACUAUUUCAUGUUUUUGCCCCUCUACCCAUUUCACACAUACAUACAAUAUUCAUUUCUUGGCCACAUUCUGCAAACAAAAAAAAAUUACUACUUCCUCAUUUUUGUCCAUACCUAGCCGCAUUUACAACUAUAGAUGCAACCACAAUUAUUCAAAAAAAUACGAACAUGCUUAUGCAUUGAGUUUUCCCCCUUUUAAUUCCUCUGAAAACUCCAAAAUCUUUUAGUCAAUUUUUUCUGUUGCCUGUUUGUUAGUUGUUCAGUCUUCAUACUGGAAAUCUUUAUUUUUGUACUCCAAAAAUAGAAGUAAUCUAAGCUUAUUUUUUUCUAUAUAACACGAAGGAUUUUUCGUGGAAAAAUGAGGAAUUCAUCAAUAUCUACAACUUCAGCAGAUGAUGUUAUGAUGGAAAUUGAAGCAAAUAAACCACAAGGUCAUGGUAUAGUUGUAGGUGGAUUAAGUCCAUUGAGUGAAACAUUAUGGAAAGAGAAAACAAAUACAGAGUUUAUUGGUGAUGUUUCUGCUAGAUUGGCUUGGAAAGAUCUAACAGUAAUGGUUACUCUUAAUAGUGGAGAAACACAGAAUGUUCUAGAAGGACUUACUGGUUAUGCUGAACCUGGAACUUUCACUGCUUUAAUGGGUCCUUCUGGUUCUGGAAAAUCAACACUACUUGAUGCACUAUCUGGUCGACUCGCUUCCAACGCCUUUCUUUCUGGAAGAAUUUUGCUAAAUGGACGUAAAGCUAACCUAUCUUUUGGUACCGCGGCGUAUGUGACACAAGAUGAUACGUUGAUCGGGACAUUGACUGUACGAGAGACAAUAUCAUAUUCUGCUCAACUACGUCUCCCUGAUCGGAUGCCAUGGUCUGAGAAACGGACGUUGAUUGAGAGUACUAUUAUUGAAAUGGGACUACAAGAUUGUGCUGAUACAGUUAUUGGAAACUGGCAUUUACGCGGUAUAAGUGGAGGAGAAAAAAGGAGAGUUAGUAUAGCGCUUGAGAUUCUUAUGAGGCCUAGAUUGCUCUUUCUUGAUGAACCAACUAGUGGUCUUGACAGUGCUUCGGCGUUCUUUGUUACACAGACACUGCGUGGUCUGUCGAGAGAUGGAAGGACUGUGAUAGCUUCAAUUCAUCAGCCUAGUAGUGAAGUAUUUGAGUUGUUUGACAGAUUGUAUUUGCUUUCUGGAGGCAAAACAGUUUACUUUGGUCAGGCUUCUGAAGCAUACGAGUUCUUUGCACAAGCUGGGUUUCCUUGUCCUGCUCUAAGAAAUCCAUCAGAUCAUUUCCUACGAUGCAUCAAUUCUGAUUUCGACAAAGUUAAGGCAACUCUAAAAGGGUCUAUGAAGCUACGGUUUGAGUCCAAUGAGGAUCCUCUUGACAAAACGACAACAGCUGAAGCUAUACGCAUCCUAGUAGACUAUUAUCGUCGUUCUCAGUACAGCUACUCAGCUAAUGAAAGGGUUGAAGAAAUGUCGAAAGUUAAAGGAACAGUGCUAGAUUCUGGCGGAAGUCAAGCUAGUUUCUUCAUGCAGGCCUACACCUUAACCAAACGUUCCUUUAUUAACAUGUCAAGAGACUUUGGUUAUUACUGGUUGAGGCUUGUUAUCUACUUGGUGGUCACUAUCUGCAUUGGAACUAUCUAUCUUAACGUUGGAACCGGUUAUAGUUCCAUCCUGGCAAGAGGAGCAUGUGCAUCAUUCGUGUUUGGAUUUGUGACAUUCAUGUCAAUUGGAGGAUUCCCUUCUUUCGUCGAAGAUAUGAAGGUUUUUCAAAGAGAGAGGAUGAAUGGACACUAUGGUGUUGGUGCAUUUGUCGUGAGCAAUACCUUAUCCGCGAUGCCAUUCCUGAUACUGAUCACGUUUCUUUCUGGCACUGUAUGCUAUUUCAUGGUCCGGUUACACCCAGGCUUCACACACUAUUUGUUCUUUGUGAUCUGCCUCUAUGCCAGUGUCACUGUUGUCGAAAGCUUGAUGAUGGUCAUAGCUAGUGUUGUCCCUAAUUUCCUCAUGGGUAUUAUUAUAGGUGCUGGAAUUCAGGGAAUAUUUAUGCUAGUCUCUGGCUACUUUAGACUCCCAAAUGACAUCCCAAAACCUUUCUGGCGUUACCCUAUGUCUUACCUCAGUUUCCACUUUUGGGCACUACAGGGGCAAUAUCAAAACGAUUUGAUGGGGUUGGAGUUUGAUAACUCGAGUCCUGAUCUUCCCAAAAUCCCGGGUGAAUUUAUACUAGAGCAGAUAUUCCAAAUCGAUCUGAACAGGUCGAAAUGGGUGGAUGUAAGUGUGAUCUUCGUGAUGAUAAUCACCUAUAGGAUUAUCUUCUUUAUCAUGAUCAAGAUCAGCGAGGAUGUCACGCCGUGGAUCAGAGGUUACAUUGCUAGAAGAAAAAUGCAGCAGAAGAAUGGGAAUCAAAAACAGACUAUUGCUCCAUAUGGUCUUACUCAAUCACCCUCUCUAAGGGCCUAUGUUGGAAACAAUGGACCAAAUAGCAAUAGGUAAAUGGAGGCAUAACAAAUGUUAAUAAAAUCAAAAGGACAAAAAAGAAGAAAUAUGGAGGCUUAAUAUUUGUUAAAACCUCUUUUGACAAAGUGGUAAAUUGCAAGAAAUUUGUAUCAAAUUAUAUACGAGUUGAUGGUAGUUUUUUUUUUGUUUGUUGUUUUGCCACAUUUAACCAUUCUUCAGCUUCGUGCUUUAAAUAUAUGUGCUAGUAUGAUUUAUCAGCUACCAAAUGUUGUUUUUCUUUUUUGGGUUAUGCAGAGAGAUUUCUUCAUUUUAC